CUCUGUCCUCGCGGCUCCAUCACCGGGAAACAGGAUGACUGAGUGGGAAGCUGUUCCCGCUGUAGCUGAGACCCCGGAGAUCAAGCUCUUUGGCAAAUGGAGCACUGAUGAUGUGCAGAUCAAUGACAUCUCCUUGCAGGAUUACAUCGCUGUGAAGGAGAAAUAUGCCAAAUACUUGCCUCACAGCUCAGGGCGCUAUGCGGCCAAGCGUUUUCGCAAGGCGCAGUGUCCUAUCGUGGAACGGCUGACAAACUCCAUGAUGAUGCAUGGCCGCAACAAUGGCAAGAAGCUGAUGACUGUUCGCAUUGUCAAACACGCAUUUGAGAUCAUCCAUCUCCUGACUGGUGAGAAUCCUCUUCAAGUACUGGUAAACGCCAUCAUUAACAGUGGUCCUCGCGAGGACUCCACACGGAUUGGCAGAGCCGGUACCGUCAGGAGACAGGCUGUGGACGUCUCGCCUCUACGUCGCGUUAACCAGGCUAUCUGGCUGCUGUGCACUGGGGCCAGAGAAGCUGCCUUCAGGAAUAUUAAGACGAUUGCUGAGUGCUUAGCUGAUGAGCUCAUCAAUGCUGCCAAGGGAUCGUCCAAUUCCUAUGCCAUCAAGAAGAAGGACGAGCUGGAGCGAGUGGCCAAGUCUAACCGUUAGUGACAGAUAGACUCUGUACCUUGACUCUGACUGUACAUUAAACGUUUGACAGCAACUGC